AUAUGAGAUAUUGGCCUGAGGUUUAAAGUUCAGUGGAUGGACAUCUCGGAAAAUUUGAAACCUGUUGAGAAUGUAAAGAAGAAAGUAGAGGGGUAAAAUAAGUUAGUUUGAGCCACAAGACUUGCUUAUAUAUAGGCUCAUACAAAACAGAGACUUAUACCCAAAAAAAAAAAAAAAAUCACCAUUUGAUAAAUAUUUGUCGAAGGGUCCUUCACUAAAAGCACCACGUUUUUAUUUGCGUAGGGAAGUGUCUCAUUUCACUUGAGCUCUCCCUGUUUCCGUCUUACAAUAAAAUCAUCAGUCCUCACUAAUUUAGCCUCUUCAUAUGAAUUGAAUUGAACUGAACUGAAGCCAAGCACUCUGCUUCCGUUUGGUUUUCCUCAUCAUAUCACAAGGUUCUUCUGUCGUGAAGUCUGCAUUGGGUACCGUACCACUGCUUUUGGGUCUUGGAAGGUUAACAAGAAAGCAACCAUGGAUGUUGAUUCACAACCAACUAUGGAGGAAACCAUUUUGGUGGGAGAUGAUCUAAUGAUGGGCCCGCCAUCACCAAUAAUUCCACCGGAAAUUGCUUCUCAUGUGCUUGAAGGUGUUGAUUUGUGUGAUGGGAUUUUAAAGAAUCUAUUUCUAUGUCUGCAAAUCAAUGAUAUUGAGCCAUUCUGUCAAGAUGAGCUUGCUAUGUAUAAACAGUGUGCUGAAAAAAGAGAUCGGGAACUGAGGAAACGACUUCAGGACAGUGAGCAGAAACUGGGGAUGUCGAUGCCUUUAAAUGAUGCAAAGGAAAGAGCUUCUCAGCUUGAAACAGAGGUCACAUCAUUAGAUAGACGCUUGAUUCUUGCUAGUGGACUUGAAGGUAUAGAAGGAUUUCGCCAGAGAUGGAGUUUGCAUGGUCGCCUAACAGACACCAAGAAAAGGUUGGAGUCCUUGAAGCAGGGAAUGGAGAACAGGAAAGGGGAGUAACGAUAGUAUAUGUAUGUGUGAAUCCACUUCCCUUGAAGGAACUUUUGAAGAAUGCACAUGUAAUUUUGGUAUAAUAUACCCCAAAUAAUCAAAUGUGUUUAAUGAAUAUUAUUAGUGUAGUUUCGUACUAAUUGGAGAUUUCAUUUGUUUUGGAUGAUGCUGCUGGUAAGAGCAUCUUUAGUAAUGCUAGCCAUUUUUUAGUUAAA